GGCACAUUUAAAAAAGCUUACGAGUUGACAGCCUGUCUGGGAAAAGGGUGAGAUCUUGUGAAGCUGCGCUCCUCGGACUGUACCAAAAUGUCCAAACCGAAGUUUCUGACGGAGUGGGAGGAAAUCGACGAAGAAUAUCAACAAUUACAGGAAACUCACAAGAUCUACAGACAAAAACUUGAGGAGCUCACCAAUCUUCAGUGCACUUGCAGCACCGCCAUCAGCAAACAGAGAAAACGCCUCAAAGACUUGAGGUACAGCUUGAGCAAGUGUUCAAAAACAUGUGACGAGAAGGAAUUGGAAGUGAUAACGGACAUCAAAUCACAAAUCAAAGAAAAGGCCAGCGUGUUCUUUGAUAUGGAAGCAUACUUGCCAAAGAGAAACGGGCUCUACCUGAACUUGGUCCUCGGCAACGUGAACGUCACACUCCUCAGCAACCAGGCAAAAUUUGCCUACAAAGACGAGUAUGAGAAGUUCAAGCUUUACAUGACGAUAAUCCUGAUGUUUGGAGCAAUCACCUGCCUCUUCUUUCUCAACUACCGAGUCACUGAUGAAAUCUUCAACUUUUUACUGGUGUGGUACUACUGCACACUGACCAUACGGGAAAGCAUCCUCAUGAGCAACGGCUCCAGGAUCAAAGGUUGGUGGGUGUCCCAUCAUUACGUAUCCACCUUUCUGUCAGGUGUGAUGCUCACCUGGCCAGAGGGGCCCAUGUACCAGAUGUUCAGGAGCCAGUUCCUCGCCUUCUCCAUCUAUCAGAGCUUUGUUCAGUUCCUCCAGUAUUACUACCAGAGCGGCUGCUUGUACAGGCUGCGGACUUUGGGGGAGAGGAAUCAGCUGGACCUCACAGUGGAGGGGUUUCAGUCCUGGAUGUGGAGAGGCCUCACCUUUCUCUUGCCGUUCCUCUUUUUUGGCCAUUUUUGGCAGCUGUACAACUCGGUGACCCUGUUUCGCUUGGGAGGACGCGAGGACUGUAAAGAGUGGCAAGUAUUCAUGCUGGCGCUGACAUUUCUCGUCCUGUUCCUUGGGAAUUCUCUCACCACUUUAAAAGUCGUCCACCAAAAGUUUCAGAAAAACCAGGAAAAACUGCAGAAAAAUGACUGAGGGGGGGGGAAAGAUUUUAAAAGUCUUUCUAAACGGCCAGUAAAUUUUGAAGCACCGUGCACGCGAUAGCUUGUAGGAUCAAACCAGGAGGAGACCAAGGCGGAACCUCUCUCGCUCUCUUUGAUGGCAGCAGCGGCCAAAGUAUCUGCCCCCCCACCCAUCCACCCCCCACCUAACGAGCCUGCAUCGAUGUCACUGCACACUAGGUCACGACACAAAGGGGUGUUCACCUGGUGGACCAGUUCCGUCGCUUUUUGUCCCGUAGAUACAAAGCGAGCAGGUUGGAUGUUUGUCUUUUUUUUGUGCUGGGUGUGUGUGUGUUUGUGUGUCCGUGCAUGAAUCUGUGAAGAGGGUCUUUCUGUUCAAAUCAUAUGCAAGUAAAAGAGGGCAGGUGGUGCACGAUCAACGGAGCAGAAUAUAGUUUUGCCUUUUCUUUUGUUGUUGUUGUUGUUGUUUGAAGAUCCGACGUCUGUCGUGUGCUUGGUGCCUCUGUAAAGUGGCACCAGUCAAACGCUCUCUGGCUUUGGACAGAAAUCAACAUCUCUUUACUUCUAGAAUAAUUUAAUGUUUUAUGUGUAGUUAUGGAUUCCCUCUUGUGCUAUUACACUGCUAACAGGUUUUUAGUUUACUUGACUUACAGGUUGACAACUUAAAACAAACAUGAACCUGAUACUUGACUGCCUCUCACUUUCAGUAAAGAUUUUUUUUUUUUUCGUAGUCUUCCCAGUUCCUCAAGAGAACAAGGACUUUAAGGGAAUGUGUUACUGUUUCUGGCAGCGUUUGCAAAAGCCAUAACUGUAUUUAUUGAUUUACAAUAUAACGCCUGAACUGUGUUCUCA